UUCAGUGCUGUAUAGGGUCUUUGUGAGCGGUAGGCUGCCGGCAAGCUACUUUUAAAUCAGACACACCUUUGGGUUGGGCUAUUUUGGAAACGAAGUACUUGAUGAGGCUUAAGGUAUGGUCUGCUAGGGCAAGUGAAUUUAUUUUGUGUUUUUACAUGCACUUUGAUCAGCUGAUGCAGCUGAUAGACAGUCCCCUCUGUAAGUAACAGAUGGGGUGGAGGAGUGGUGACCUGUAGUGAGUCUUCCCUGACUUUUUUUCAAAGUGGAGAUUGCUGGCUUUCAGGUAGCUAGGCAAGAGAGAAAAAGGGACGUGCUAUGGGGGUGCCUUUAUUUGGAGAUAGCAAGCCCUUCUAUUUCCGGAUCUGGAACGAACUAAAUCAGAAGUUUCAAGGCAAAAAAUCCUGGGAUAAACAUCUGGAUAAAAUCUACUUACUCCAGCAGAAAAGGAUCUGGGAAUCCCCACUCCUCCAGGCUGCCAAAGAGAACAACCUCCCAGCCAUUAGGAAACUUCUCACUGAAGGAACAUGUGAUAUCUAUCAGAGAGGUGCCUUGGGGGAGACCGCCCUACAUGUAGCUGCCUUGUAUGAUAACAUGGAGGCGGCAGUGACUCUGAUGGAAGUGGCUCCUGAGCUUGUCAAUGAAAGGAUGACAUCAGAGCUCUAUGAAGGGCAGACAGCUCUUCACAUUGCAGCAGUGAACCAGAACAUCACUUUGGUGAAGGCUUUACUCAAAAGAGGGGCCAAUGCUUGCACAGCACAGGCCACUGGUCACUUCUUCAGGCACAGCUCCCAGAACCUUCUCUAUUUUGGAGAACAUGUUUUAUCAUUUGCUGCCUGUGUGGGCAAUGAGGAAAUUGUUCAGUUGCUCAUUGAACAUGGAGCUGACAUUAGAGCUCAAGAUCAUCUGGGUAACACUGUUCUUCACAUCCUGGUUCUCCAACCUAAUAAGACAUUUGCCUGCCGUAUGUACAGCCUGAUACUUUCUUAUGACAAGAAUAAAGAGGGACCAGGAUCACUUGAAUUGAUUCCUAACAAUGAGGGGCUUACUCCAUUCAAACUGGCUGGAGUUGAGGGCAACACUGUGAUGUUUCAAUACCUUAUGCAGAAACGGAAGCACAAUCUCUGGUCAUUUGGCCCCUUGACCACUGUACUCUAUGAUCUCACAGAGAUUGACUCCUGGGCUGAAGAUCAGUCCUUCCUUGAGCUCAUUGUCUCAACCAAGAAGAGAGAGGCACGUCAGAUCUUGGACCUGACACCUGUAAAGGAGCUGGUGAGCCUGAAGUGGAAUAUGUAUGGUCGUCCCUAUUUCUGUUUCCUGGCUUUGUUCUAUAUACUCUACAUGGUCUGCUUCACUAUGUGCUGUGUCUACCGACCUCUGAAACCCCGAACAGGCAACAAAACAAGCAGCAGAGACAAUACAAUCUAUGUCCAGAAGAUGCUGCAGGAAUCGUAUAUGACAUAUGAGGAUGAGUUAAGGCUGGUGGGGGAGCUGAUCACAGUCAUUGGAGCAGUAGUAAUUUUGAUUCUUGAGAUUCCAGAUAUCCUUAGAGUUGGAGCAACAAAAUACUUUGGACAAACCAUCCUAGGAGGUCCCUUCCACAUAAUUGUCAUCACAUACGCUUGCAUGAUUCUAGUAACCAUGGUGAUGCGUCUCACUAGCACAGCUGGUGAGGUGGUGCCCAUGUCCUUUGCCCUGGUGCUAGGAUGGUGCAAUGUCAUGUACUUCGCACGAGGCUUCCAGAUGCUCGGACCCUUUACCAUCAUGAUCCAGAAGAUGAUAUUUGGAGAUCUUAUGCGCUUUUGCUGGCUCAUGGCUGUGGUGAUACUAGGUUUUGCAUCAGCUUUUUACAUCAUCUUCCAGACAGAGAACCCUGAAAACCUUGGGCAGUUCUACAACUAUCCCAUGUCCUUGUUCACCACCUUUGAGCUGUUCCUUACUAUCAUUGAUGGCCCUGCAAACUAUGAUGUGGACCUGCCUUUUAUGUACAGUGUGGUAUACUUUGCCUUCGCCAUCAUUGCCACCCUCCUUAUGCUCAACUUGUUAAUUGCCAUGAUGGGUGACACCCACUGGAGAGUGGCCCAUGAACGGGAUGAGCUCUGGAGAGCCCAGGUUGUUGCUACGACUGUCAUGCUGGAGCGGAAACUGCCACGAUGUCUCUGGCCUCGCUCUGGAAUCUGUGGGCGGGAGUACGGGCUGGGGGACCGAUGGUAUCUCAGAGUUGAAGACAGGACUGAUCCCAACAAACACAAGAUGAUGCGGUACACAGAAGCAUUUAAGGCUCAGGAUAGGGAUAUCUAUGACAAAGGUUUGGAAAAGCUGGAAAUCAAUAGGGACAUCCUGCACAAGAAGGAACUGCCUACUCCGUCCUUGUCACAGAGCACAUCCAGGACUAGUUCUCACCGUGGCUGGGAGAUCCUGAGGCACAACACCUUCCACCAACUUUGUGGAGACGUCAGCCAUGCCAUGGAAGAGGAGGUCUAUGAUGUCUAAGAAGCCUCUUCUUUUACUUCACAACAUGGAUUGCUUGCCACAACAGUUUUCUGCAACUGUUCAGACACACUCCAGCAUGCUACACACAUUCGUCAGCCUUGAAGAACUCUGCUGGUGAAUGGUUCAUGAACAGUGCAUGGCAUCUGUGUUAUCAUAUAUGAAUUAGGUCUUUUCUCUUCUACAUUUAAGUGUCUCUUCUGUUGCACUGAUAUUUGCAGCAAGCUGGUGGGCUUGUUGGGCUAAGGUCUGUGGUGCUUUGUUAUGCUUUGUAAUGCCCUACAGAAAUGAGCGAAAGAAGCCAGCAAUGGAAUUUCAUCCACUUACAAAUAAGUGAUCAGUAAGCCCUCUCUCAGACUGUUACACAGUAUAAUCUGUCCCUCCAGUUUCACAAAAUCCCAGUGGUCUCAUAGCAAAGAGUGCUGACUGAAAUUCUGGUUUAUGGUUUGGUACAGAACUGAAAAAAACACUGUAACUAAGCUCAGGAAUGAAGUUAGUUGCUGGCACUGCAAUAAUGAUAAUAAAAGGACCCUAACUACUCAGCUGGCAUUCAGGGCCUGACAGAUUUUGCCCCCUGAAGAACUGCAGUGUCUAUUAGCUACAUUUUCAACAUUGCCAUUUUAGUAGGACUGGUUUUGGUUUUGGUUUGGUUUGGUUGGGGGUUUUUUGAUGAUGUUUUUUGUUUGUUUGUUUGUUUUAUUUUGUUGUCACAUGAAUGCACUUUAAGCUUUUGAAAAGAAGUGAUUGCUAUUCCUGUGAGCAUUCUGGAGGAUCUGAAGUAGGAACUUACUUUCCUAACGGGAGCAUGUAGGACCUGGUUAGGUGACUUUCAGCAGUGUGAAAUUUCAGCAGAGCUAUUAAUCUCCCAAGUGAGGUGAAGCUGGUCUUUUGUUUUCCAUGGAACAGUAGGAAUAGUUCUCUGACUUACAACUAAGCCAUCAACAUGGAGUAGUAAGCUACAAUACAGCAGUGAAAGAAAUCGAGAGGAAAUGUUGGAUAAAUGAAUAAGAGCUAUUGCUGAGUCAGUUCAGAAACUGGUACGCUCUCACGCUCUCUCUGAAAGUCUACAACUAUCCAAUGAACAGCACUCAUCCACACAGUUCCCUUCCAGGCAUGGUGCUGUGCCAGUCUUUCAAUUCCUCAACUGCUUAGGGCCACUUUAAGAAAAACGGAGAAAUGGUCGGAGAAUUGGACAGUCAUUUCAGGCUUUUCUGUAUUCUCAGGAGUGUGGACUUUUAUUCCAAUGGCAGAAGUGGAAAGCAAUCCAAGGUCUUAACAUUUCCUUUCAACAGGACUUAGUAACAGAAACUUGUUUUUUUAAGAAACCAGAUAUUAUUAUUUAGCAUUAGACAUUGAGCCAAAUCACCCUGUGAUAAUCAAAGCAGAUAAUGAAAAAGCUGAAUCCAGUGGAUUUCUGAUUGUAUUGAAAUAUCACAGCAAACAUCUCCUACACCUCCUUUCUUUUGGGUGAGGUAAUGAGCAUCAUGAUCUUUGCAAUUAUAUGUGUUUAUUUAAAUGUCCUCUUUCUCUUACUUGAAUGUGUAUUUAUGCUCCAAUGGAAGACUGACAGAAGACUGCCUCUGGAAUUCAGCUGCAUACUUUUGAGCUGGUUCAUUUUGUUGAAUUGAAAGUGUUUCCUCUUCUUGCUCACUUAAGUAUUGUCAGUCCUUCCUAAAACCUUUGGGUUUUGUACUGGUGAUCUCUGGAGAUGGGAACAAUGUGGUACAUUAAUCAGAACUGUGAAUUGCUGCUGUAACUGUAGAUGAAUUUUCUUUCAUGGUGAAUAUAAAAUAGCAGGUGGGGGAGAACUGUUGGCUUCCCCUUCCUCCCCUUGUUCCCUAGCAUAGCAGUCUUUUCACUAGUUUGAAAACUUUCAGAAAUACUGUUAAGAUGGAGCUACAUAUAGCCAUUUCUACAAAAUGACUCCUCUUUGUGACAUAUUAAUAUUUUAAAAGCUUGUUUGAAGUAUAAGCUGUGUAAGCCCUGGUUCUGAUUUUGUGUUCUUCAUUGCUAUAAACAAUAAUGACACUUUUGAUCUUGGAACUCAAAACAACAUAUUGACAUCGCAGGAGACAGAACAGAACUCAGUUAACAGUGCUAGGCCUUUACGGAUUUCUGUAUCUUCUCUCCAUAAAAAGAAAAGAAAAAAUCCAGUAGCAGAUAUUUUUAAGGAAGUGUGUUCUCUUGAAAAAUUACAUUGUGUAAUAGCUUUCAAACUCCUUGCACAGAACCCCUGCAGAGAACAGCAUCACAACUGUGUGAUUUAUUUCCUGGUUUUGGACUUGCCUAAUGUAAAUAAGAUAGAGAAUCAUAGAAUAUUUUGGGGUGGAAGGGACCUUUAAAGGUCAUCUAGUCCAAACCCCCUGCAGUGACCAGGGACAGCUUCAACUAGAUCAGGUUGCUCAGAGCCCCUGAUCUUGAAUGUUUCUGGCAAUGGGGCAUCUAGCAUCUCUCUGGGCAGCUUGUUCCAGUGUUUUGCCACCCUCAUUGUAAAAAAUUUCUUCCUGACUGAUACUGGAAUUUGGCUUCCAGUUUCCUGAGAUGACUUGCAUAUUAAAAAAAAAGGUCCUGUGAAAAAACCUUAUAUGAAAGAGGGCAGAGUAUUUUACCAGUAAUAAAUGAUCCCCUGGUCAAUUUUGAAUAAUCUUUUUAAUGAUGAGUGUUGCAGACCAAUUUUAGCAUAAUUUCUUUGAUCUGGAGGAAAAACAGCUAUAGAAUAAAAUUUGAGUUGGGAAAAGUCAGCAGAUAUAACAGGCACACCAGCACUCAGAAAUAUUAAAUACGUAAAUAUGAAAUACCUACCCUCUUCCAUUAGGACAUAUACACAAGCUGUGACCAUGUGAACUUCAGAUGGUGAAGUAACAGGAAGAACUAGACUGACAUUUGAGCUGGUUCACUGCAAUCUGACUCAGACUUGGAAACAACAAUGACUACAGUCACACAAAGGCCAAGCAUUUUUUCUGUAAUAUUCGGCAUGAAUAUGCUGCUUCAGAAUUUGAUUCAAUGUUUUGCAUUUUGUGGUACAGUUAUUUCAUAAAAUUCUGAAACAAUAGUGCUGCUCCUUUUUGUUGCAAGGUGUCUUUCCUAUUCCUCUUAAAAAUAUUGCAAUAAUUUCUAAGCAGACAUUCCUCCCCUCUUUGAGACUGCUAAUCUCAAGCUAUCUUCCACCUUACCAAAGCAACUUCUGAGUUUAUGAUAAUGUGAUAAGAAUGAGUAUUUU